AUGGAUUCGCCGCUGCCGACCCGCCUCGCCGGUGUGCGAACAGCCGGCUGCGCCUCGCCAGCCCCGCGGUCUUCGGUUGACACAGCGCCACCGUUGUCUCGCAGCGAGCUUGUCGAUGUUGACGGCCUGCGGUGCGAGGUGCGUUCAAUGCGGAGCGUACCCCACGCGCUGUACAGCACCCCAUUUGUUUACCACAUCGUCGCCAUGUACGUUCAGCAGCUGAUCGACGACUUCACCCGCUCUCUGCUGCUCUGCCGGCCCGUCAAGCGGUGCCUCAGCAGCAGCAGAGAGCGGACGAAAGGGGGCGAUUCGCAACAGCAGCGGCAGCAGCAGUCCUCCACAGCCGCCAAACUCGCUGCGGUGGAGAGCACGAUGGCGCCUGAAGACGAGGAAAUGUACCUGUUGUUACGCCUAUGUGCCCUCGACAAGGCAGCACAGCAGCAGCAGCAGCAGCAGCCGUCUUUGGAGACCAGCGGUGGUGACCCUCCAGCGGUGGCGAGGCCACAAACGCGAGCUGCAGCGGAGCAGCUUGUUGCACUGUUUGCUGCUGCAGAGCGGGGGCGUUGUCGCGAUAGGCUCAGCAACGGUGCCAGGGGUGAGGACAGCGAGCGGCGCAACGCCGCCGCGAAAAUGCCGCCGCUACUGUCCUCACUCUCGCGCUUUAGGCCGAUGCUGCACGACAUGCGGUACCUCGCGCAGCAUCUUCUCCUGCCGCGACACGCCUGGCAAUACCAUCAGCGGGAGUGGGUCAUCGUGUAUGAGGAUGUCGCUGUGACGCUGCGCGACCGCCUCUCUCGCUGCCGCCGUGCCGCGAUACGUAGAGGAGGACGAGAUGGUAAGGUGAAUGAAGAUGGCACAGAGGACCGAGGCGCCGCUCGAUCGCCACGCGCCACUGCCGACCCCAUCACAGACGGGCGGCGGCUGUUUCCCGUGGCUGAGUUGGAGCUCCUGUGGCACACCCUCUGGGAGCUGCUUGGCGCCGCGUGGCGCCAGCGCGACCGCCUCUGGGGUGCCUACCGCCACCUGCACGGUCCACGCCGUCUGUCUCCGCUGUGCCUGAGCGGUCAAGCGCCGUACGCGGUGCCGCCUGGUGUGCACGCGUGCCCAAUCCUGCGCGAGCUGGACGAAGGCGAUAUCGCCCGCGUGCACGCCUCGGCCCCCUCUCCCCUCCCUCACGCCAUGCCGGCUGCGCCGACGGCAGCGCACGCGGAGGACAGCUGUGCGUUUGGCCCCUUCACGAGUGUUGACAUUGGCGUCUCAGCACGCCGGCUGUACGUGCUGCGGCAGCCGCUAGCGGCGGUGCUGCGGUCGCUGCGGGUGUCGGUGCCGCCAGCUGGUCGAGACCCACUCGUCACCUCCACCACCGCCUUUGCUGGAUUUCAGUACGUCGACGGCCCAGUGCGCCGCGGCCAGACGAGCACGCUGGCGCCAACGGUCGCUGCAGCAGCGCCUCUCAUCGUCCCGCUCUUCGACGUCACCGACCAGGACGCGGGGAUGGUGGCCGCAGCGGUGCCGUACAUGUCUCCUGAAGUGUACGUGUCUCUGCUGCAAGAACAGCGCCAGCAACAGCAACGGCGAGCCACCUCGCGCAGUGCAUCGCCGUCGCCGCCGAUGGUCUCGUGGCCUCCCGCUCACACGUUCUCUGACGACUUGUGGAACGCGGCGGUGGUCGUUUUGGAGGCGGCGCUCAGCGGCUUCUGUGCGAUGGAUGAGUCCAUGUGCCACCUCGCGCCGCUGCCACCCGCACCCGACAGUGAUGCCGAUCGGCCCGAUCCGCCAACGGUAACGUCAGGCUUCUCGUGCUCACCUCGGCCGUCGCCUUCUGUCUACUCCGAUGUCCUGCGGCUGCUGACAGAGCGGCACGUGCUGCCGAGCACCGCCGCCCACAACUUCCUCUAUGCCGCUCUGUACCACCUUCAGGCAGCGUUGAGCAACGGUGGUCGCGGCAGUGGCGAGGAUGCCGAUCAUCACGUUGAUGGCGAUGUCGAUGGCGUCACGACGCACCGUGACGGGGAUGGCAACGGAGAAAGUACUGCGGCAAUGGCGCCACCGUCGCCGGCGCGCCUUGCUGGAGAGUGGCGGCGCUACCUCAGCCGUGCCUACGGGCCGGCCUGUGUGAAGGAGGGCGGCAUCUUGGCAGAGGUGGCGGCUAAGGGGCUCUGCUGGCGCCGGUCGGAGCGGUGGAAUGUGUUCGGGAUGGCCCAUGGCACGGCAGUGACAACCAAAAGUACUGCCGCUUCUCUUGAUAACUUGUCACCCGCUUCACUCUUCACGCCACGGGACGUGGUCGGCACUGCGAGUAGCGACAGUAGUGGUGGUGGUGGUGGCAACACCCGUGCUGCAACUGCGGCCUUUGCUGUGUCCAUCCAUGCGGACCCCUCCGUCGACAUCGACGGCGACGACGGUGCGCUUCCGUCCUCGCUGGCAGCCGCCCACGGGCAGAGAUCGUCGCAGCCGGGUAUCGCCGGCGUCGCCGAGGGUGACAGAGACAUGACGGCACUGUCACGGCUGCCUCAUCGGUUUGAUCGCGUAUUCAACACUCUCGAUACGCCGCUCCUGCGCCUGCUGAGCCUCGGGCAGCGCAGCGCCGCAGUCGAUGGUGGAGACCUUUGGGUAGCCCUUGCCAGCUACCUUCGCCGCUGCACGAGGACAGCAGUAGCGACCGGCACCUCAGCUGCAGCCACGGGCUCUCCUGGUACUCCUGCAAGAAAGGCAAACGAUGCAGUGGCAGAGGCGGCGGACGUGGACUGCGUUGAUGAGCUGCUGCGACUGCUGUUCUGCUGCGUUGUCCGCACAACACGGCGCUACCGCGCCAACUUCGCUGACGAUGCUGCUGGCAAGGCUGAUGUGCCGGCGGAGGCGGAGUGGUGCGAGUACGCCGCCAUCAAUCACCCGUUCUUUCGUGGCUUCGCCGAGCGCGGCUUGCUGACAACUUACAUGGCGGUUGCGUGCUGCGGCGGGGAGUUGGGCAAUUCGGCAGCGGCAGCGGCUACCCUCCCGGCGCUCAACCUCUACGUCCCUGCUGCCGCGCUGCUGGCCACCGUGCGCGAGAUGGAGGCGGCGUGGAAGGCGAGCGGCAUCGACGUCGGCACCGAGCGUGUGGUGAAGCAGGCGAAUUCUCUGCGUGCGCUAAUCGGCGACGACAUGCGGGCCUGGGAGAGCAGCACCGCCGCUCGUGGCGGUAGAAGCGGGACCUACACGCAUCAGCAGCAACAGCAGUACCUCCUGCUCAUGAACUCGCUCGUGAACAUGUCAUCGACGCUGAUGCUGCCACCACCAGUGGACCGCGCGCGACGUGCCCUCGAGGGCGUCCUCUCCCCCAUCGAUUUCGACCUUGCGGCGCAGCUUCAGCACACGCAGCAACUGCGCUGCCUGUUGUACGGCGGCAGCAGUGAUGCCACCGGCGAUGAUCGAGGACGCGGUGGGAAAGCAGCGCAGAACACUGGAGCAGUCGCUGCAGGUACAGAGCGUGUUCGAGCCUACCUGAAGAUGCUGCUGAUGCCGGACACGGUGCGUCGCACAGACGGCGUCGUCGCUCGCGUCGCCUACUCACCCUUCUACCCGCUCCCUCCGACCCUUCGUGGGGAGGUAUGGGGACGCCUCCUGAGCGUACCACCAUCCGCCCGCACCCGAGAGGCUCUCCUCGCCCGCGCGGUCCACCGCACCGCCGCCAAGCCGACGCCAUACGAUCGGCAGCUCUCGGUGGACAUUCCACGCUGCCACGCGUACCACCCACUGCUGAGUUCCUCAUAUGGAGCUGCGCAGCUCCAGCGCAUCUUGCGAGCGUGGCUGCACCUCCAUCCCAGCCACUCCUACUGGCAAGGGCUCGACAGCGUGUGCGCUGUCCUGCUGACCGUCAGCAACAGAGAUGAAGCGCUCGUGUUGGCGCAGCUAAACGCUAUCGUUGACCGCUUCAUCGCCCACGAGGAAGACGGUGAGAGCCCCCACACCGCUGAAGGGGGCAGCGGUGACAGCAGACUGGGCUCGCCGCGCGUCGGUUCUGCGGCGCUGCCGCUGCGUCCGGCCAAGCAAAAACCCACCAUGGCGGCGCAGCUCCGCCACCUCGUGGUCGUGCUGCGCUACUGCGACCCGCUGCUGGCCCACUACCUCUUCGACAUUCUCAGCUGCACACCCGAGCUGUACGCCAUCAGCUGGCUUCUGACGCUCUUCUCGCACAGCCUGCCGGUACGUAAGGUCUACCCCCUGUGGGACCUUCUGUUUGUGGAAGGCGACACUGCCUGCCUCGUAGUGCUCUGCGCAACUGUCAUUAUUCACAAGCGCGACCUCCUGCUGAGCACAGACUUCUCCGGCUGCCUUGCGGCCUUCAGCAGCGGCGCAUCCGCUAUGAACGUCGCGGCUGCCGUGGGGGACACGCGCUGGCUGAUGACAGCUGUGCCGCCGUCGGUGUUGGCGCCGCCGCCGGUGUCAUCGGACACCCGCCGGGGCGUGCGGGAGUCACUGUACGGCAGUGGACGUGAUGGUGCCGCCGCAGCCAUCAAUUGUGCCCUCAGAAGUGACGAUGGUAACAGUAACGCAGCGGUGGCGCUCCUGGCCGUCGAGGACGUCUCCGCCGCGCUCGCGGUGUCAGCACUGGCGCUCACAGCGGCCAGUGAUGGUGGUGGCUGCACUCGAGAGAAGGAAGAGAGCAAACAGCAGUGGUUCCACAGUGGCCUCUACCUUGUGGAUCUGCGCGAGCAGCCUGCGGAGAAUGCCUUGCAGGAGGCAGUCCUCGGCGCCAUCAGCGUGCCGCUGUACUCGGCUGCGCGUCCGCGUUCGCACGCCUCGGCUGCGGCACUUCAGCACCGCGAGGUAGUUGAUGUGCACACUAGUGCAUUCGUGGAAGUGGUAGACGAGGUUGACAACGACGCUGCCGGUACCGGAUGGGGUAUCGUGGAGCAGCAGGAGCGGCUGCAUGAGCAGCAGCGGGCAGAGCAGGAUGCUGCGGCACGGCAAGUCGAGGAUGCCGCAGCGGCCAUUGUCCGCUAUGUCGACAACCCGGCGAUGGCUGCCAUCCUAUCGCGAAUGAAGAGGACCGCCGAGAGCGUUUCUGGAGCGCCACAACAGCCACCAUCGUUGUCGUGUCCGUGGCCGGUGCACCCGAUCGUUCAGAAGGCGUCGUGUGCCCCUCAUGUGGUGCUGCUAACAUCGGGCAACGCAGACGAGCACGAGCUACCGCUCGCCCAUCAGCUUGGCGUGAAGCUCAAUGCGUGUGGGGUGCACAAUGUCAGCAUCCUGCGCGGCGGCGUCGCGAGCUUGCGGCGCGCGCUACCGGAGUUAGUGGUGCGUCGUGUGCCAUCCCUGUAG